GUCUCACGUCAUUCUUUCAUAUUUCUACGCCUGACAUACUUACAUAUACAUACAAGUAUGUAUGCACAUACAUAUGUAUGCGUAUAUUAAUGUGUACAAACAAACAAAUAAACAUACCAACGACCAAUAACGACAAACGACAACGACAGCAAAGCCAACAGCAACAGCAACGGCAACGGCAACGACAAAACGAUUCGCCUGAGUACAAAUAUUUCGAAUGUAGUGAUUCAGUUCGCUGUGGCUGUGCGAAAAAAACCAUCAAAACAUUCCGCCUUCGUUGGUGUGCAUUCAAACAAAAAACACGGUGUCCUCUUAACUGGAAAAAAUAUUUAUUAAAAUAAGAGUGGUGCUUAAAAAAAAUUAAAAAAAAAAUAAUCAAAAAAUAUUAAAAUAAAUUCAAGUGCAUUAAAAGUGGUUUUUGUGGCUGCUGUUCAAAGUAUCGUCGAGUGGCAGUGCAAACGCGUUAAUUUGAAUUUGUUCAUACGGCAGCUGCUUGUGAUUAUCUAUCUAUCUAUCUGCAUUCAUCAGCAGAUUCCUCAGAUUGUCAAUUGGUACAAAUUAUCGAAAUUUUCUCUUUCACUUCGGGGAAGUCAGCCAACUAGCCAGCCAGCCAGCCAGCCAUGACAUCAGUGCGCAACAAUGCAGUCUCCGCCGCUCUGCUGUUGGGAUGGGUUAUUUUUGGGUGCCUAAAUAGUUCUGUUCUAGCAGAUGUUGCCCAAAAGUCAGGUGAAAAAUCGCAAAACCAAGACAGCGUCGACGUAGACUACUACGAUGAAUCGAGCCCUGAGAACAUGAAGGCGCCAGUCAAACCCGCGCCCACACUAAUGCCAUAUUUUGAGGAGGAGAAGAAAACUGUGUACGCCAAAGAGGAUACCGAAGUGAUUUUGAAUUGCCCAGUUAAAAAUUAUAAUGAAUCGCAACAUAUGAUAAUGUGGUUUAAAAACAACAACACCAUCACCACUGGCAGAGAAAUACUCGUCGAUGCCGCUCUUGGCUAUCACCUGGACAAGGACAUGAAUUUGGUCAUUGAUAAAGUGUCCGAAAAGACCAAAGGCGAAUAUUAUUGCACCAUUAUGCCACAGAAUGUGCGUUUGAAUAUAGUUUUGGAAAUCGGUGAGCAACCCGCAGCGGACAAUAAGCAGGCGAUGGUGAGCGCAAGCGCUCUCAGCCUGGUAUUAGCGCUCUUGGCGCAUAAAUUGAGCUUCGGAAUUGUUAGCUUAGACAACAUUUUUUAGGCAUUCAAUGUAUUCAACUUAUUUACCUGAAUAUGUGUAAAGAAGUAAAAGAAAAAUAUUGUAAUUGUACUAUAGCUGAGGAUAAUUGUUUUUUUGUUUUUCGUUUUUUGAAUCCAGUACCUACGACUACUUGCAUACUUAAUAGAUGAAGACCAAAUACAAAAAUAAAACAGGCACAUACUCGUCUACAAAUAGACAGACAUACAUAUGUACGUAUGUAUGUUUAUACUUAGUAUUCAAGUACAUAUGAUAGUAUAAAUUCCAGCAUACGCAAAAACUAAUAAAUACAACAGUAAUUUUAAAAUUCGUGUAUGUAUGCAAUGUGUAUGUGAAGCAACUAGAAAAAAUGUCUUCAAACAAAAUAAAUACUAUUUUAGUGUAUACAGCCCUAGAGAGAUAUUUGUUUUGUCAUUAAGAUGGAUUUCGUCGAAUCGAUGAAUUCGUACGAAUAUCUCCAAUUAAGCAAAAAUUGUUUCGGUGAGCAAGAAAAUUUCAUAUUCGACAAGUCUCAAAGACGGUAUUCGUCGAAUCGAUGAAUUUUCACAAAUAACCUCAAAUAACAUAAAAUUAGUUUUGGUGAGCAAAAUUUUAUAUAUGAUAUGUCUUAAAGACGGUGUUCGUCGAAUCAAUGAAUUUGCGCAAAAUAACUUCAAAUAACAUAAAAUUCGUUUCAGUAAGCAAAAUUAUCGAAAAAUUUCAUAUUUCGCAUUUAUUAAAAACGGUGUUCGUCGAAUCGAUGAAUUUGCGUGGAAUAACUUAAAAUAACAUAAAAUUCAUUUUGGUGAGCAAAACUCUAGGAAAAUUUCAUAUUUGGCAUUUCUUAAAGAUGGUGUUCGUCGAAUCGAUAAAUUUGUGUAAAAAAACUUCAAAUAUCAUAAAUCUCAUUUCUGUGAGCAAAACUCUAAGAAAAUUUCAUAUUUGGAAUUUCUUAAAGACACUGUACGUAGAAUCGAUGAAUUUGCGUGAAAUAACUUAAAAUAACAUAAAAUUCGUUUCGGUGAGCAAAAUUCUAGAAAAAUUUCAUAUGUAGUAGGUCUUAAAGACGGUGUUCGUCGAAUCGAUGAAUAUGCGUGAAAUAACUUCAAAUAACAUAAACUUCAUUUCGGUGAGAAAAACUCCGGGAAAAUUUCAUAUUUGGUAUGUCUUAAAAACCAUGUUGGUCGAAUCUGUGAAUUUCCGUGAAAUAACUUCAAAUAACAUAAAAUUAGUUUCGGUGAGCGAAACUCCAGAAAAUUUCCCACUUGAUAUUUAUUAAAGACGGUGUUCGUCGAAUCGAUGAACUUUCGUGAAAAAUCUUCAAACAAAAUAAAAUUCGUACUGUGAGCAAAACUCUAGGACAAUUUCAUAUUUGGUAUGUCUUAAAGAUAGUGAUAGUCGAAUCGAUGAAUUUGCGUGAAAUAACUUCAAAUAAUAUAAAAUAUUUUUCGAUCAGAAAAGUACUUUAAAUAAGCACAAAUUACUUUAAAUAACAAUACCAAAUUUUCGCGUUGAAAAGCUUUUAAGGGGAUGUUCAUCGAGUAUAUGAAUUUGCAUCUGUUCACCUGUUUUUUUUUACUGAAAACUGUAAAGGCGUUCUCCAUGUUUUUGUAAACUUAACAAAAAAACACAAAUCUGGCUUAAGCAGAGUUUGCUUUGGAACGAAUAAAAUAUGAGCUUUUACGCAAUAAAUCAAAAACUCUACUUUCCUUAAUAUGGAUUCUAAAAUGACUAGUAGUUGAAAGAUUGCAUUGAAAUCCAGAUUGGAUCAAGAGCUUGAUAAACAGAAAGAGCUAAUUUGUUUUUUGUUACAUAUCUGCAGAGUUUUGUUUUAUAUUUUUCUGCACCAAACUGCAAAGUCGCAUUUACAUUUUUUUCUUUAAUUAUCGCCACACUUGUUUUCUUACAAAUAAAAGUUCCCUACCACAUUUAGAUUCUAGAAACAUUUUUUUUUUUAACAAAGCUUUAAUUAAAGCCACUAGCUUAAAAAAUGUUCGACAGAAAAUUUACUUUAUGGGCUUAUAUGCAUAGAUGUAAUUCCAAGGAGUAAUAGGUUACUUUCAGACUAAGCUUUAAGCAAUGGCAAAACCAGUAGCAAAGUAUUGCAGAUUUUGCAAUUCCUACAUCCUUAUUGGACUUUGGCCAAACAUUGGCCAUUUGUAGGAAAAUACAACAUUUUGAAUCCAUUUUUUUCUUUCAUAUUUACACCUUUCGGCCGUAGAAGUCACUAUUUAUUACUGGUAUAAUUUAUAUAAACUAACAGCUAACAAACAAUAAAAAAACACGUGUUCAUCGAAUCGAUGAAAAUAGUCUUUCUUGGGUUAAGUACAGAUUUUCACGAAUGUGGAGUAACUUGAGGCAAUUUGUGUGCCAAACAUCCCCAAUAACAGAAGCCUAGGCUAUGCAGGGUGUUUGAAUUUGUACAAAAGUUCGUUUAAUAAACGAAAAUUAUGUUAUGUCUAUACAGCAAUCGACGCAUAGUGAUUUUAAUGGGUACAUACACCCAAUUAUGCUGUUAAAUUCGAUUUAAAUGUUGAGUGCAUACUUUUCUUGGCCUCAGAGUAUUUUACAUAUUUACUAUACUUAAAUAUUCGUGUAAUGUAGAAAUAUUGUGGUUUUAUAAACAUAGAACUCCGUUAGAUAAUACAGAGUAUUGUGAGAUUUUUUAAAGAAAUUUCCGGUAAUGCGAACAUAAAGUAACAUAUUAGUAAAAAGCUGUUAAUGAGUAUUUUGAGGGGAGAACUGCAUUCAUUCAAUAGUUGAAAGGAUUAAAUUUGAGCAGAGUUACUUAAAGUUGGGCAAUUAAAGUGGGAAUUUUCCACAAAUGGAGAUUCUGUUCAGAAAAACUAUUGCAUCAGUUUGUCUAAUGGAUGAAUACUGAAAAUUUAGGAUUUUCAUAAUUCGAGGAUAUUUAAGUGCAUUCUCGUUGACAUGUUAAGGAUGCGAAAGGUAUUUCUAAAUAUUUGAACUCUCUGCUUUGACAAAAAAUCAUUUAAUAAAAUAUAAUUUUUUUUUAAUAUACCUGCAUCCUCUUUUAUGUAAGCAUACUCGAUUUGCUUCUCAAACUGCCUUUGGUUACUCUACGCAAUCACAUAUUUGCACACUCAAACAUAAAGUAUUUACGUACGCUAAAGAAGUGACAUUUUUAAAAAGAGUUAUAAAGAGUAUUCUAAAGCGAAAAAGGUGUGGAGAAACCAAAUACUCGAUUCAGUCAUAAGUAAAGUAGUUUUUACUCAAACCUUUAGCUGUUGAUUUAGUAUAUAAUUCCAUACAUAUAUGCGUAUAUACACCCGUAUUUAUUUACAAAUACAGAUACAUACUGUGUACUCGUUGUAAGGAUUUUGUAUUGUCGACGAAAUUUGGAACCUAAACAGCAGUUAUAAUAGAAAUGUCCCAAACGAAAUGCCAACCAAUCACCAAAAGCCACAUUCUAGCACUUGCUAGCAACCACAAAAUGCAGAUGUUCAAAGCAAGCGCUGAAAAUUUGCUGAAAGCGUAGGCUGCCGGUAUGCGUUGAGCGAUCAUCUACAAAUAAGUUAAAUAAUGACUAGACUAAUUAAGGGAGUCAAGGAAUUGAUGGCGUACUUGUCCAUAGAUAUGCAUGUACUCGUAUGUAGAAUGCAUGUGGAGGUAACAGAGAAAGCAGUGAAACCGAAAAGUGCCAUUAUUUUACAUAAAAAAGAUAGGAACGAAUCAAGUGUAGCAGAUUUUAUUAAAAAAAUGUUUUUUAGCAAAUGCUUUUAAAAACAAACUAAAAUAAUUUUACUGAAAUGAAAAACUUUUUUCUAUUGAAAUAUUAAAACUUUUUUUUUUAAAUUUCUGUUGACUAAAAAUCAGUAAAACAUGUGUGUGUAGCAAAUAGAAUAAUUUUUGAUGCCUCUUCUUAAAAUUAAAAAAAAAAAAAAUUAAAUUAAAAAAAUAUUCACGCAUAAAUAUAUAUUUAUAUGAAUACUAAAAAAUAUCCUUUAAAAUCUAUUAUAACUGCUUGUUUACGCUGUCAUGAGUACAAAUUUUUAUUUAGGAUAUUGAAAGUUGUGUAUGUAGAUGGACUGUAUUGAAAAUUGUAUGUAUUGUAGUUAUAGCUAUGCUUGUUAAUAGCUGAAAGAAUUUAUUAAAACUUAUAUAAAGAAAAUAGCAACAAAAAUGAAAAAGAAAAAAAUAAAUGUAAUGGAAAUUGUAGCAGCUUCUUUAGCAGCAGCAGCCAGCAAAUGCAGCAGCAGCACUAAAACAAAAUGCCUUGAAAAAUUUGAUUAUCUUUACUUGUAAUGAAGCUGAGAAAAAAGUCGAAAAUCGUAAAUUUGUGUGUACUUAAAUGAUAAUGCAAACCAAAAAAUAGUCACAUACAUAUGCAUGUAUGUAUGUGCACAAACUGGCAUACAGUUAUACUUAUUCACGCACUACAAUUUUGAAGUGUAUGGCAUGUUUUCGAAAAUGGGAAAUAAAAAGUAUGUACUUAUUUUUCGAAGUGGCAAA